AUGUCGGUCCGCAGCUUCUCUCAGGACGACGACUCCUCGUCUCUCCUCUCUCGACUUGGCUGCGACUCUCCUCGCCCACGUAUGAAGUUUGGGGGGAUGUUCUGCAACGUUGAAGGAGCGUUUGAAAACAAGACCCUGAACUUUGACUCUUUCAGCCCAAACACGCAGAGACGGCGAGGUUGUCGAACCCAAACCGAGGAUGGAAGGGAAACCACCACCAGAGGAGGAGUGGGUGGAGGAACAGGAGGUGGACAGACGGUGGUGUUUCCAUCUGGACACAACCGACAGAACUACAGAAAAAAAGAGGGCGACCGUCUGCUUAUUAAAGGAGGAAAGAUCAUCAACGAUGACCAGUCCUUCUAUGCUGACGUCUACGUGGAGGAUGGAACCAUCAAGCAGAUUGGUGAGAACCUGAUCGUCCCGGCAGAUGUGAGGACAGUGGACGCGUACAGUCAUCUGGUGAUCCCUGGAGGAGUGGACGCCAACACCAACCUGCUGGCCCCACAGAAGGGUCUGAGCCCAGCAGAUGAUUUCUACCAUGGAACCAGAGCCGCCCUGAGCGGAGGAACCACCACCAUCAUGGACCACGUCCUGGUGGAGCCGGGGACUAGUUUAAUGUCGGCGUUUGACCAGUGGAAGGAGACGGCCGAGCAGACAGCGUGCUGUGACUUCUCUCUUCACCUGGACGUCACCCGCUGGCACGACGGCCUGAGGGAGGAGCUAGAGACACUGGUGAAAGACAGAGGUUUGAACUCCUGUCUCUUCUUCAUGACGUACAAAGAUAAAUACCAGAGCUCGGAUUCUCAGCUUUAUGAGGCGUUCGGGGUCCUGCGUGACCUUGGAGCCAUCGCUCAGGUCCACGCUGAAAAUGGUGACAUCAUCGAGGAGGAACAGAAGAAACUUCUCUCUCUUGGCAUCACUGGACCUGAAGGUCAUGUCUUGUCUCAUUCUGAGGAGGUAGAAACAGAGGCAGUAUAUCGGGCCAUCACCAUCGCCAAACAAGCCAACUGUCCUCUGUACGUCACCAAGGUGAUGAGCAAAUCUGCUGCUGAUGUCAUCGCCAAGUCCAGGAAGAAAGGUGUGGUUGUGUACGGAGAACCAAUCACAGCCAGCCUAGCUAUGGACGGCUCACACUAUUGGUCCAAAGACUGGGCCACAGCUGCUGCGUUUGUCAUGAGCCCACCUUUAAACCCUGACCCAUCAACUCCACAGUAUCUGACCUCACUGUUAGCAUGCGGCGACCUGCAGGUGGCGUCCAGCGCUCAUGCAGGUUUCUCCACUGCUCAGAAGGCUGUGGGUAAGGACGACUUCACUUUGAUCCCAGAAGGAACCACCGGGAUCGAGGAGAGGAUGUCACUGGUGUGGGACAGAGCUGUGGCCACAGGGAAAAUGGACGAAAACGACUUUGUUGCAGUGACGAGCACCAACGCUGCCAAGCUCUUCAACAUUUACCCCAAAAAAGGACGUAUUGCUGUUGGCUCUGACGCUGACAUCGUCAUCUGGAACACCAAAGAAACGAGAACUGUUUCUGCCAAGACCCACAACCUGAACGUGGAAACCAACAUCCUGGAGGGUCUGGAGCUCCGUGGCGUACCGGCCUUGGUCAUCAGUGGAGGGCGAGUUGUUCUGGAGGACGGGAAACUUGACGUGACUGCAGGUUCUGGACGCUUUGUCCCACGGAAAGCGUUCUCUGACGCCAUCUACAAAAGGAUCAAGGCCCGCAGCAGGAUGGCAGAGGCUCGUGGUGUUCCCCGGGGAAACUAUGAUGGUCCAGUCCAUGAUGUCAUCGGUAUGACAAGGUCUGUCCCGCCCACUCCGACCACCAGAGGGCCCACAUGUCCAAAAAUCCAGCUGGGCUCCAGAAACCUCCACCAGUCAGGAUUCACUCUUGCAGGAUCACAAAUUGACGACCACAUCCCGCGUCGCUCUGCUCAGAAAAUUGUGGCCCCUCCUGGUGGCCGUUCCAACAUCACGUCUUUGUCAUAAAUGAGGUUUUUUUUUUUAGUGGACCAUAACUGGUUCAUGUAGUUCUGUGAGAAUAGGUGAGGGUUGGUAAUGUUUUACCACAUUCUAAUGACGUAAGAAAUGAGUGCGUUAAUACAUACAGUAUGAUAUGUCAUACAGUAAUUAUAGUGAAAUGUCCAAACUCUCCUGCUAAUCACAACAACUUCAUCUCAUCCUAAUGUUUAGCUCCUAUGUUGUCCUGCCUACACACUUGAUUCUUUAUUGCAGAACCAGUUUGGACCAGUUUGUACCAGGCUGAAUACUCGCCAACCACAAGUUUUUGAUCCUGUUUACAAAUUAUUGUCUUGUUGUUGAAGCAGGAACAGUAGCUUUUAGCAAACACAUAACACUUAACACACACAUCAUUAGUUGUAGUUGUUGUUAUGGUAGCAAGUAAUAGUACAGAAUGAUAAACACUAACUGACUUUUUUAAUGAAGAACUGCUAUUGUCCAUAUGUUUCAGUGAUGAAUGUCUGUAGCCAGUAGGUGGCCCUCUAACAUGUAGCUACACAUACAUUAAUAACUUCCUGUUGUCUAGUACGUUGUGAUGCCUUCAAUGUGCGUAGCUGUACCAUCUGUUGGUUUAAAUUUUAAUUCAUCAGUCAAUCAAUGAUUGAAUUAUUGAUUAACUAAUGACGUGGUGCUGCUAAACCAAACUCUUCCUACACAGUUGUUGUAAAAAAUAUUGAAACAACACUUUUGUAUGUUUUUUUAAAACCGUGCAGGUUCAGCACCUUGGACAGUUCUGCUAUCCAAGCCUGCCAUGUUUUUGUUUGAAAUGUUGUAAAGUUUCAAAUGCUGCCUCCUACAGUCCAGUCCUGUUUUUUAGCAGUAGAAUUCCUCCAGGGGCAAAAAUGCUGACCCAGCAGGAGUGUACUACCUGUUAGCACGGUGCUAAUGUUUGCACCUUCACCUGGAAAAGAAGAUGAGUUUGGCAAGACGUUUUAAAGAAUGCUUACACAGCUAGCGCAGUACAUAAUUUCCCUAACUGUAUAGGUAAAUUUGACAUAAUUGGCAGCUGUUAACUUGAAUGCUGAAUUAGCUUUCAUUGAGAACGUUAUUUUAUAAAUGUUUUCCCUUUUUUACUGCUGUGAACCUUUAGCAGCCGCUAAAGGGACAUGGGAAAAAACAAAUAUUUCUGGUGUUCACCUUAAAUUUUCAACUGCUCACUAGAAACUUUUUUUCUUCUUCCCAUGUCCUUUUAGGGGUUCUGUAGAACCUGGUGCUUUGGCUUUGUUUCAUAGCAUUUACUUAGCUGCUAACAGUAACUUUUUAAAAAAUAUUAAUUUGAAAGCUAGUAUUAGCUUUUCUAACUGGCUGAUAACUGUAGGUUUUUUUAUUUUUAUUUUAUUAAAUUUCUAAAAAAAAAUUUUUCUUUUACUGUUGACAUUUUGACUGAUAAUUCCGAUGUAGCAGCAACAUGUCAGCAAAGUAAACUGUUGUUUCAACCAGUCUGGUGUUUUGAUGACAGCACAAUGGGUGACAUGAUCGUACAAUGACGUGACAUAAAGAGAGAGAGAGAGAGUGUGUGUGUGUGUGUGUGAAGCAGUGUUAGCAUCGUGGUGACAGUGAAUCUGUGUCUGUUUUUACUGUAGAUGAAAGGAAGAUGCAUGAAUAAAGUGUGAAAACAGUUGUUGUUUUUGUUUUGUCUGCUUCUAACAAAUCUCUUUUUACACCCAAACACACACAUCACUCUGAAGUUUCCUUUUCAGGUGUCAGGGUUCCUGAUGUUGUGUACGCAUAUGUAGUUUAAGCAAAUGCCAUCGGUCUGUAUGA